UAAGUUGAAGUAGGCGGAGCUGCCUCAAGCAGCUGGCAACUGCCCGCUCAAAAAUGCCCAAAAAAUAGGUUGGCAACGAGACGAAAGUCAUUUUGAAAUGUUUAAACCAGCGAGAAUUGAAGUAGCUUCUGAAAAUGAAUAAAGAUACAAAAAUGAUACUGACCGCUGAGGCAUUGCGAGAAUUUCGUGUCGCCAAGUCGUUUCAGCCAACGUGUGAUACCAAGUAUUCAAUAUGCUUCUCGCAGAAUGGAGAGCAUCUGGUGACCUGUGACCAUCACAAUUUAAUUCUCUUCAAUUGCAACAAGCUGACACAGCUGUGUUUGGUCCACAUGCGGCAAUUUCGUCCGGAAUUGGUUUGCUUUACACCGCAAAAUGAUCGACUGCUGCACAGCUCGACAAAGAUGGACUGUGCAAUACGCUACUUGGAUCUGAGCAGUCACCAGCACUUGGGCCUAUUUAGUGGACAUACGAGUGCAUUGCGCGACCUGUGCUUGCAGCCAGGCAGCGAGCAUCAGUUCAUGAGUGCCGGUUGGGAUGAUCGUGUGCUCAUGUGGGAUCUGCGCACCUGCGGCUAUACGCAGAAGCUGAAGCAUCUGCACAGGCCGCUGCUGGCCUAUGAUCCCAGCGGCAGGGCCUUUGCCACCUGCAACAGUACGGAACGCAUUGAGAUCCAUGAUGUGCGCAUGCUGAGCGCAAAGCCUUGCCAGCAGUUUGGCUACCAGCUGAACGAGCUGGCCAAAUGGACGCAGCUGCAAUUUGCGCCCAAUGGCAAGACGCUGCUGGUGAACACCGACAACGCCUGGUGCUUCAGCGUGGAUGCGUACAGGGGUUCCUUUCGGCAGGCCUACACAGGCUAUGCGAACCGGGAGCAGCUGCCGCUGCAGGUCUGCUACUCGCCCGACUCACAGUACGUGCUGGCCGGCGCGGACAACGGACGCGUCCAUGUGUGGGAAGCAGUCAGCGGCGAUCCGUUGGUGGUGUUGCGCAGCAAAAGCCAAUACCCGAUGCAAUGUGUACAAUUCAAUCCCACGCGGAGCAUGUUUGCGAGCAGCGAUGUGCGAACCCUUCUCUGGCUGACCCAGCCCCAGCACGAAUUGAAGCCGACGGCUAUUAUAGAUUUGACCGCCACGGACGACAGUGAAGUGGAGUUGGGUGAGAUCAAGAUGGCUUUUAAGCGUCGGCGGCGGCGAAGAGCCUGGCCCAUGCCCAUGGAGCUGCCGCGUUGGCCGCCGCCGUCGCCGCCACCACGAGUUGUCCGCUGGCGCAGGCGGCGCUUGAGGCAAGUCGAGGAUGCUGACAGUCUGGAGGAGGGCGAGCUGCGUUGACUACACAGAUACACAUACCCACACACACACUCUCAACUAUCAAUCAGCGACAGGCACACCCGCGCUUGGACCUGGCCAGCGCCAGUUGCUAGCAAGUUGUGCAAUUGGAAUUGCAAUUGCAUCGCUUGGCCAAAAGUUUCAAGAACUGGCAGCCAGCACUUCACAGCUGGAGCCACUAAAACAACAACAGCAAGGAUAACAAUAAGGGGCACAACUUGGACGCUUUUCGCCUUUGAGACACACACACACACACACAAAUUGUCGAGUUUUGCCAGCAAAUUGCACAGCUGGCUGGACUUCGAGCUGCGCUCAGUUGGAGACUGGUUGCAUACUUUGGUGGCACACAGCUGACAGGCGUUUCGUUUACUUAAAGUUCGCACAAAAAUAAAAAUUGUUAUUUGUACACUUUUUUAAUAUUAAUGAAA